AUGAUUUGUAGAAGCUAACAUCUCCUUUUUAGCACCGACUAUAAAUUAUAUCUCAAUCCAUAAUAAAUAGUUAUUGGAAAGGUAAGAAAUAAAUUAAUUAGAAAGAACGAAUAGAAUCUAAAGUACAAAAUCCCUUUGAAUCUAUCAACAAUUAUCAAAUGGUCUUUCAAUAGUGAUUUUACUUUCAAUGGAUUUUAGUUUUUAUGGAAGAACUCCUGGAAAACUAUAUUGUUGACUCACGAACAAUCUCUAACUCUAAAGGAUAAUCUGGAUGGAAAAGUCACUUAUAGUAACAUAGCUAAAAUGUACAAUCUAAUUCAAUGUGAGAGAUCUGGCUAUUCAAGCAAAGUAAACUUUUUAGUAAUAUCAGAUUUAUUUAACUUAUUGUUGCGCCAAUCAAAAAAAAUAUUAUAUGUAAAUAUUUCCAAUUUCUGAUUUGACUUCUUAGGUAUUAUAAUUCGAUUAAGUAGGAAUAUUUAAGAUUAAUACAGAUGAUUAACAUAACUCAUCCAAACAUUCUUAAAUGUGAGGAGUACUUUGUUGAAGAAAAGAACUUGUAUAUAGUGACAAAUAUUUUAAAUGGAAAAACGUUAAAGGAGAGGAUAGGUAGUCAGUAUAGGAUGGAACCGUAAGAAAUCAUUUCUACUACGAAAACUCUCCUUAAAUUUAUAAACGAUAUGCAUAAAAUAGGGUAUGUAUUUAGAGAAAUCACAUCUACAAAUAUCUUUCUAUAAAGUGAUGGAGAAAUCCUGAUUAUAGAUUUUGAACUACUAGUAAAAACUGAAGAAGCAUUCAGAACCAAAGCAGUUUCUAAAGAAAAUGACUAUUUGCAUGAGCUUAAGGAUUCUACCAAAAAUACUCAUGGAGAUUGGGUUGAAAUGGAGAGGUUUUAUUAUGAGCAACAUGAUGUUUUGAUGUUAGGAUCUCUAUUAAAGGAAAUGUAUUAACAAAUUGCAUUUUAGGUUAACCAGUAAAGUCUAACAAUAACACUCUCAAGGAAGGGCAAGGCAAGUUACAAUUAAUAAGACCACUAUCAUUAAUAGAUCUCCGAAAUAUUAUUUAUGCUAAUUAUUGUAGAGAAUGCUCGAGCAAGAUCCAAAGGUUAGAAUAACUAUAUAGAAUGCAAUUUAUUUUUUAGAAGACAUCGAUUUUGAAGACAAUAGCUUUGAGGAUUUCCCUGAAACUUCAGAGGAAUAAAAGUUUCAAAGUGUCAAAUCAAUUUCAAUAAAGAAAUUCCUCGUUUGA